AAGGUGAGAGCGAGCGAGCGAGCGAGAGAGAGAUAGAGAGAUGGCAAGGUGGCGUGUGGUGUCCGCGGUGCUAGCACUGGCACUUGUUCUGGCUGACGCUAGGAAUGUGCCAGGCCAAGUUCCAGCAAACGCCAAGAAUCCGGCCAGCAACAAUGCUGCUGGUCUCGAUGACCAGAAGAAUUUUAUCUUCGGCGGCGUCGGCGGUUUCGGAGGCAUCGGUGGACUGCCAGUGCUCGGCGGAGCGGCUGGGGGUGUUGGUGGUUUCGGUGGCGUGCCUGGACUUGGCGGUGGCCUUGGUGGCCUUGGUGGUGUCGGCGGGGUUGGCGGCGUCGGAGGUCUAGGUGGCCUUGGAGGUGGUGCUGGUGGUUUUGGUGGCGUUGGAGGUGGGGCUGGUGGUCUUGGUGGUGUUGGAGGUGGCCUUGGUGGUCUUGGUGGUGCUGGUGGUCUUGGUGGUGCUGGAGGUGGCGUUGGUGGUCUUGGUGGUGUUGGAGGUGGCGCCGGCGGUCUUGGUGGUGUUGGAGGUGGCGCUGGCGGUGGCGUUGGUAGUGGUGGUGCUGGUGGGAUCCUUCCAUGAGGUAGUUGACCAAUGCCUCGUAAUGUGCAUGUUAGUGCAAGCAAGCCAGGAGUUAGGUGUGCGAUAAGCAGACUAGAGACCUUUAAUUGAUCUUAGAAUAGGGUAAGCUUUUCAUCAUGGUGUUUUGCGUGAAAUAAUACUAGUCUUUUGGUACUAGGUAGGUUUCUUUUGUCUCGUUUCCUGUUGAGAGAGAAAUGGCUUUGCUAGGUGGGUUCAUAUCUUUUUUGUGUUAAUCAAGUUCAUUAUGCUGCUUC